AUGCGCUUCGGCAACACCCUCCAGACGUCGGUCUAUCCGCCAUGGAAGGACCACUACAUCGACUACCGAGCUCUCAAGAAGCUGCUCCGCGAGCAUGAGGGAUCUGAGGAUGGCGACGAUGGCGAGAGCAGGCCGUGGACCGACGAGGACGAGGAGAACUUCGUGCAGGAGCUAAUCAACGUCCAGCUCGACAAGGUCAACUCGUUUCAGGUCGAGACUCACAAGAGACUGCGGGAGCUGACAGCCGAGUGCGAGGCCACGUUGGAGCCAGUGGCCACACAGCAGGGCGAGACAAAGCUGGAGAAUGUGAAGAAGAACGAGGCCGUCGCGCAGGAGACUCUCAGCAAGCUCGACCGCAUCACCGAAGAGCUGGGCGAGCUCGAGAAGUUCAGCCGAAUCAACUUCACCGGCUUCCUAAAAGCGGCCAAGAAGCACGACCGCAAGCGCGGAGCAAAGUACAAGGUCCGCCCGCUGCUACAGGUCCGCAUGUCGCAGCUCCCAUUCAACUCGGAGGACUACUCGCCGCUGCUGUACCGCUUGUCGGCCAUGUUCUCGUUCGUCAGGUCCAUCCUGGGAACGGAGGGACAGCCAAUGCCCAAGGAUGGGCCCGCGGUUGAUACCCAGACCGGCCGUGAGACGUAUACCUCCCACAAGUUCUGGGUCCAUGCCGACAACCUACUGGAGGUCAAGACCUACAUUCUGCGCCGUCUGCCCGUGCUUGUCUAUAACCCGAAUACCUCAAAGGAGCUCGAUGUCGCCCAACGGGACCCCUCUCUCACCUCGCUCUAUUUUGACAACCGCUCGUUCGACCUGUAUAACCAAAAAGUGGCAAACAAGCCCGCAGCCGGUUCCCUUCGCCUGCGCUGGACUGGCCACCUCAGCGACCAGGUUGAGGUCUACCUGGAAAAGAAGAUAAUGAACGACGGCGACAGCAGUCGCGAGAUCAGAAUCCGCCUCAAGAAGAAACAUAUCAAUGCCUUCCUCAAUGGAUCCUAUAAGAUGGAGAAAGUCAUCCACAAGAUCGAGAUUCAAGGCAACGGCGAUCCUCAGCGUGCUGAUAAUCUCAAACGAGAUGUUGAAGAGAUCCAGGAGUUUAUCAAGAGCCAUGGGUUGGAGCCCAUGGUUCGUGCAAACUAUACCCACACCGCAUUCCAGAUCCCUGGCGACGAUCGCCUCCGUAUCUCCCUGGACACAGAUCUAGCCCUUAUCCGUGAGGACACCCUAGAUUUCGAGCGUCCAUGUCGUGAACCCGAGGAUUGGCAUCGUUCAGACAUCGAUAGCCGAAGAAUGGAAUUCCCCUUCUCGGAAAUUCCUCGCGGUGAGAUCUCGCGCUUCCCGCAUGCGCUUCUGGAGAUCAAGAUCCGCAACACCAGUGGUAAGCGUCGUGGAAAGCAAUAUUGA